AUGCGUGUGUUUGUGCGCGUAUGCGUGUGUGUUAUGUUUGUGCAACCGGGCAGGUGCGGUCAUAUAAAUUACCGUAGCCCUGAAACAAGAAAACGCAUUCGGUCAAGACGACGACAACAAGAAAUAGUGAUAAUGUGCCUUAAAGGUGCCACAUCACUUCCAAAACAAGAAAUGUGUCGGUUGGAAUCUAAAAGCGUAAUGGGAGAAACACAACCAUUGGAAGGAGGAACUGAAAAGAUAUUAUAUCCAUGGUGUCGGGAAGAAGCUGUACUGUGCGAAGACGAACGUUUAGAACAUGAAGCGUGCAAUGGGAAGAAAAUCCCGAGGGAAUAUAUGAAGAGAUAUUCAGACUUACACAUACAUCGUUAUAAAUGCAUUGCCAUCAUGGAACGCUGCUACGCUAAAUUUAAUCGAGCCAUUAACGAGGGAUCUUAA